ACAGGGGGCGUCAGAGCAUCACGUGUGUUUUGAAUAAUUUUUCACUUUUAUUGUGUUUUCCGUGGUCUGAUCUGGAUAUCGUGGUGUUUCCAGUGAGGAUGAGUUUGUCUGGGUCUCUGAGAGAGUUCAUCAGUCAGCGACUAACUGCUGCUGCUGAAGAAAUAUUCACAGAGUUUGAAAAAACCAUCGUCCAGUACGAAGAAGAGAUCGACCGACAGAGAAGACUGCUGGAUAUCACCUGGAAACCGCAGAUUAAACUACACAGAACAGAACUCCAACAUGAUUUCAUCUGGAAUGCUAAUGAGGUUCUUCCUGGCCAGCAGCUCUGUAACCAGGACAGGAACCUCGGAUUGGACCAGAAGGAACCAGAUCCUCCACAGGUUAAGGAGGAAAUGAUGGAUGGUCAGGUUGAACUGAAGCAGAAGACUGAUGUCGUCAUGGUGACUCCAACUUCUGGUGAAAGUGGCCACAGUGAACCAGAACCAAACAUGGAUCAGUUCCAACUUCAGAACUCUCCAGUAAUUGGGAAACUGGAUCAGCAAGAAACAAAGUACAAACAAUCAACCAGAAAUGAAGAUGCCGGUACAGAUAUGGACAACUCUCCCAUGCCGGAGAGUCGUGGUGACUCUGAUGCAGAACUCCAGCAUCAUUUCAUCCGGGUUGUUAAUGAGGUUCUCCCUGGCCAGCAGCUCUGUAACCAGGACAGGAACCUCAGAUUGGACCAGAAGGAACCAGAUCCUCCACAGGUUAAGGAGGAAAUGAAGGAUGGUCAGGUUGAACUGAAGCAGGAGACUGAUAUCGUCAUGGUGACUCCAACUUCUGGUGAAAGUGGCCACAGUGAACCAGAACCAAACAUGGAUCAGGUCCAACUUCAGAACUCUCCAGUAACUGGGAAACUGGAUCAGAAAGAAACAAAGUACGAACAAUCAAGUCAGUUGACCUGCAAAAUUUGUGGUAAAAGUUUCCUCAAGCGAUCAUACUUGUUGAAUCACACUCGUACCCACACCGGCGAGAGGCCAUUUACCUGUGAAGUGUGCGGUAAGAGUUUUAACCGCAAUGGGACUUUGACCACCCACAUGAGAAUCCACACAGGCGAGAAGCCGUAUUCCUGUAACACCUGCGGUAAAAGUUUCUCCCAAACCGGUCACCUGACCGAGCACAUAUGGGGUCACACGGGACAGAAGCCUUCCUGUGAAGUGUGCGGUAAAACCUUUGCCACCAGUACCUGUUUGACUAUCCACAUGCGGAUCCACACAGGAGAGAAGCCGUAUUCCUGUCAGAUCUGCGGUAAACAAUUCGCCAGCAGCGGCAACAUGAAGUCUCACGUGAGCAGCCAUUCUGGAUUCAGGCCCGUGUGUCAGAACUGUGGUAAAUCUUUUGGACAACUGUCUGCUUUGAAAGCCCACAUGAUCAAGUCCUGCAAGCCACAACUCCCCGACAAUUUAACAUGGAGCACACUUGGAGCGGAGCCAGAGACGGAUUAAAAAAGCGUUUCCAUUACACUUUUGCGAUAAAUGUCUGAAAAAGGCUUUUUGUCUCUUCUUGAUCUGCUUUUAACAAACGCUCCUCAUAAAUACUCUGAUAUUGGUAUUUUUGCAAAUGAUUUGAGUGACCAUUGUGUUAUAGCCACUGUCAGGCAAGCUAAGCUACCAAAAGCAAGACCACACAUUGUCCUUAAACGUGAUUUUAAGCAUUUCUGUGAGCAAGCUUUUCAUCAUGAUUUAUGGCUCUUUGAGUGGUCCAGGAUCACUCAUUUAAAUGACGUCGAGCUGGCUUGGAAAUAUUUUCAUGAUGCUUUUAUUAAUAUUAUAAAUAAACAUGCCCCUUUCCGUAAAUUCAGAGUGAAAGGUAGAAACAAUCCCUGUUUUUUUCCUGAGCUGUCCAGUCUCCUAAAAGAGAGGGAUGCUGCUGGGCUAAGGCCAGAAAUACCAAAUCCCAGGCUGACUGGCUGCUUUUUAGACAACUUAGAAAUCGUUUUACCUCUUUGGUCAAGAAGGCCAAGUCUGAGUUUUAUCUUGCUAAAACCACUAGUAACUUAAAUGAUCCUAAGAAGUUCUGGAAAGUAAUGAAAACGUCUUAUGGGAGUGAAGCUCCAAAUGAGCUACCAACAUGUAUUGUAAAAGACUUGUGUAGUCUAACUGAUAAAUCAGCCAUUCUUAAUUGUUUUAAUGAACAUUUUAUUUCUUCAGGCUCGUUAUUUGACUCCUUAGCUCCACAUCCAAACCAGCUGAAAGUGCAGAAGGCUUGCACCUCACCACCCCUUAACAACUCUGUGGCUCAAACAUUCAGUUUUACUCCACUUGAUGUAGUGGAGGUUCACAGGGCCUUAAAACAAGUGGAUCCUGGUAAAUCUGCAGGUCCUGACAAACUUGACCCCUUCUUUUUGAGGUCAGCCGUUGAUUUUAUUGCAGAACCUCUCACCUAUAUUUUUAAUCUUUCCUUGUCCAGCAAUGAGAUUCCUAACAUAUGGAAAUCUGCCUAUGUUCUACCUAUGUUGAAAGGAGGGGAUCCUACAGCUGUUGAUAAUUAUAGGCCCAUUUCUAAAUUAUGUGUUAUAGCUAAAGUUCUUGAAAAGUUUGUAAGCGAACAACUUAAAGAAUUUUUAGACACAAACAGUCUUCUUUCUCAACAUCAAUCUGGUUUUAGAAAACAACAUAGCACAAUAACUGCUGCUAUUAAAGUUGUGAACGAUAUUGUUGAGGCACUGGAUUGCAAGAAAUACUGUGCAGCUCUAUUUAUUGACCUGUCAAAGGCGUUUGAUACAGUCGACCAUACCAUUUUGGCGGAUAGACUACACAGGAUUGGUUUAUCUCGGCAUGUCAUUCAUUGGUUCUCUAACUAUCUGUCUGACAGAUCCCAACGCGUCCAGUUUGCUGGCUCCUCUUCUUCGUUCCUCCCUGUAUUAAAGGGGGUGCCUCAGGGUUCCAUAUUAGGACCGCUGCUGUUCACCAUUUAUGUAAACAAUAUAUGUGACAAUGUAUCAGAUGCUGCUUUCCAUUUUUAUGCAGAUGAUACGGUAUUAUACUGUUCAUCCCCUUCUGUAGUGCAAACUCUUGAACUCUUGCAGUCUGCUUUUGAUGUUGUUCAGUCCCAUCUGACUCAGCUUAAACUAGUCCUAAAUACAAGUAAAUCGAAGGUGAUGUUAUUUUCAAAUGGCAAACGGCUACCAUUAAGUAUUCCAAAAAUAUUAACUGCUCAUGGAGUUGAACUUGAAACAGUCAAAACAUAUAAGUAUUUGGGAAUUAUCAUUGACGAGAACUUGUCUUUUAAACCAUACAUAGAAAAGCUGGUCUGUAAGCUUAAGAUGAAAUUGGGUUUCUUCUUUAGAAACAAAUCUUGUUUUUCCCUACACGUUAGGAAAUAUUUAAUUUCAACCACGUUUGUUCCUUUACUGGAUUAUGGAGACUUGCUGUUUAUGAACGCACCUGCCACUUAUUUGAGAAAGCUGGACACUGUAUAUCACUGUGCCCUACGUUUUAUUACAGGAUGUGGAAAUCUUGUCCACCACUGCACUUUGUAUGCAACUGCAAAUUGUCCGUCUCUAUCUGCCCGCAGACUUUCUCGAUGGUUAGCGUUCAUUUAUAAAUCUCUUCUUGGGCUGGUUCCCUCUUAUUUAUGUUCUUACAUGCAGAGGUGGACAGAGUACUCGACCCCAGUACUUGAGUAAGAGUACAAAUACUACUGGUC